UCCAGCAGCAGCAAGGCACGAUCUUCUCCCUCGUCAAAACCUUGUCAGGUCUCAACCCCGACCGCCGCCAUGUUUCUGUCCAAGAUCGUCUCCGCCUCUCUGGGGCUUCUUGGCCUCGUCGGCUCGGCCGCCGCCUACACGAACCCCAUCCGGAACCCCGGCGGCGGCGACCCCCAGAUCUCAUGGUUCGACGGCUACUACUACUUCAUCUCGACCGAGUGGACGAACCUGCAGCUUGCGCGCGCCACCACCAUCGAGGGUUUGAAGGCGGCCACGCCCAAGGUCAUCUACUCGGACUCGAACCCCACGCGGUGCUGCAGCGUCUGGGCACCCGAGAUCCACUACUUUGACGGCCGCUGGUACCUCUACUACACUGCCGGCAACGAUGGCAACCUCGACGGCCAGAGGAUGCAUGUGCUCCAGGGCGGCGCCUCCCCCUGGGACGACUGGUCCUACGCCGGCCGCGUCACGGACGACUGGUCCCUCGACGGCACCGUGGUGCGCUUCAACGACUGGGGCAACUACUUUGUCUACUCGUGCAUGACGGGCGUCCCCAACCAGUCGACGUGCGUGCGCAAGCUCAACGACGACUUCAUCUCGGCAUCGCCCAACAUCACCAUCAUCUCGCAGCCCGACCAGCCGUGGGAGCAGAGCGAGGUGCCCGUCCAAGAAGGCCAGUACGGCCUCUACUUUGGCGGCAAGACGUACAUCGCCUACUCGGCCAACUACUGCUGGACGCCCGACUACUGUGUCGCCCUGCUCGAGUGGGACGGCGUCACGGACCCGGCGUCACCCUCGGCCUGGACCAAGAGCGACGGCUGUAAGCUGACGGCGGCCAACGGCAACUUCGGCACCGGCCAUAACAGCUUCUUCCGCAGCCCCGACGAGACGGAGACGUACAUCACCUUCCACGCCACCGCCAACGCCAACGGCGCCUGCGACGACAACCGCUACGUCAUGGUCCAGCCCAUCACUGCCAACGCCGACGGAACGCCCAACUUUGGCGUACCCCAGGGCUUUGGGUUCGAGUGGGCGGAGCCGAGUGCGUAGGUCAUGUGGUGUUGAAGA